GGCCAUAGAGUUAAUAUAGGUGCAGGGCUCAGUGUAAACGGAGUCGGAGCGUUUAUCAAUGAAGUUAUCUUGCUUGUCGGGCCCUCCCACAAUUGCCCCUGUUAGCUCGUUAGGGUUAUCUGAGAGCUUGUUGUACCAAUUCACGAAGCUCAUGGGGCAGCUCACCUCCUUGUUGGCGUCCUCCACUGGGACGGAGGCGCCUCUGUGGUGUGGAUUCUUCGGUGGGUUGUUUCCGAACCCUGCCAUAUAUGAUCUUCCUUGAGGAUUGUUUCCAAGCAGGUAGUCCAUCUACAAUCAAAAUUAAUGAAUAACACAGCAUAUU